UAUACACAAACACACAAUCACACACACACAAUCACACGACUGUCACAUUUAUCUUCUCCAGCAUAGAAGCCAUCCAGUGUAGUUAACAGAAGCGAUAAAGGAAUAGCUAGCCGAUUAACUACCCCAAACUCACAACAACUUUGGUCUACAUGCACCAAGAUGGCUGCCACAACAUGCAUCACUCGGUACCACUUCUGUCUGGCUUACCAGCCUCCAAUGGUGUGAACAGAAUGUUAUUGCCUUGGCGUAACUUAGCAACUGACACCAAGAGAAAGAGAGUGAUCUCUGCAUUGCCUACCAACCACCACCAAUAGACCAAGCAGGCUGUUCCUCGUGAGAACUGACCUCCACCACAGUCUUGGUGGUGAACCACAUCCUUCUGUUAUGAGUGAGCACAAGCUUCCAAGAUUCACCCAGCUCAAGUCCUCCAUUGAAUUAUGGCUCUAAGAAAAUGGCUGGCUCUGCAAGGAACCCCAAUGAGAAGAAAUCUGGAGGGAAGGCAGCACCUCACUUCUUGUUCCAGCUGGCUGCAGCCCUGGAUAACCCCAGCAUCAAGUCACUGGAGUGGCAUGAAGACGGGAGGGGCAUUCUUCUCCAUACCAAGCUGUAUGAGGAAGAGCUCCAGAGGCACCAAGAACUGUUUCCCGAACUUAAGACCCUGAAAUCGGUCUCUGUGCUCCAGGCCUGGCUGGUGACCUAUGGCUUUAAAGCAAGAACAACCAAAAGUUCUGACUUCGACAUACUUGUCUUCCAACAUGCUGACUUCAAGAAGCUCCCUCCAAGGCCAGAGGAAGCUGAGGGCCCCAAAGCCGAAGUCCCUCUCAUUCCAAAGCAGUCCAAGAAAUCCAAAAAAAGGAAAAGCACGCUGGAGAUCAUGGUGGCCCCAUCUGCCAGCACAGGGCUUGCACUGCCACCAGAGUCUGCAGGAGGAGAGAGGAAGUCCCAGCGUCUGCGCUCUUUAUACCAAUAUAUCAACUACGACAACCCAGAGAUGAACAGCCCAUCAGACAAGGAAUGUGACCUGCCACCGGUGGAGGUUUCUCCUACCCUAGUGCCCAAGACAGGGCCCUUGGAGUUGAGAAUAACUCCAUCCAAAGCUGCAGAAGACAAAGGCAGAGACCUGAGGACAAGCACCAUGACAGGAGCUGCAGUCAAAGCAGAAGUGGACAAGUCCACGCAGGUCGAUAUCGACAAGAUGCUCAGUGUCUGUGCGGCUCACCUUGUCCCACCACUCUCACCCCAGCUCAAGUAGGAACGCCUAGUAGGAUGUGUUGCUUGAACCAAAGGCUAGCAGGGUUGGCUCAAGCCUGGACAAUGCCCACCAGAGAGUACCAUUUUGAGACAUGCUCCACGUAAAGCUUAUCUGCCCUAUCUGGAUGUAUUUCCCUGGCAUGGUUCAUUAUAUUCAAGUGUUUGCAUUUGUCUCAUCCUUUGCUUGCAAAAUAAAGAGAAACCAGAG